AUGGCAGGAGACAGUACUAAACCGAUGACACUCCCCAGUGGGCCGGCCACGCUGUGCUUUGACAAAGAUGAUUUUAUGAAGAAUGAUUUUAAUGUGGACACAUUUGUGAUGGACUGUCGCAGACGUGUGCCACUAGAAACACUUCGUGAUGAUCUCCAUGUCUACCUGAAAAUCUUGCGAAGUGCCAUGAUAGAACUGAUUAACAAGGAUUAUGCAGAUUUUGUUAAUCUCUCUACUAACUUGGUUGGUAUGGACAAAGCUAUCAACAAUCUGACCGUGCCUCUUGGACAGUUUAAAGAAGAAGUUUUGAGUGUCACCUCUGCCAUGGAGAAUGCGAUUGAAGCCGUAGAGGAGAAACUUAAACACCGGCAGAAAAUUAAGGAGAAAAAGGCCAGUUUGCAAAGAUUAAUAAAUAUUGUGCAGUCUGUGGAAAAAAUUGAACAACUUCUUGGAUUGUCUUCAAAAUUAGAAGCCACUCCUGGGACUGACCUAAAUGGGCAGCUUAUUGAAAGAGUAGCUACAGAAUUCAACAAACUCCAAUUUUAUGUCAUGAAAAGUCGAGGACUGCCUCUAGUUGAACAAGUGAAACCAAGAAUUGCAAGUAUCACAAGCACUUUGCAAUACAGCCUUGAAGGUUCCUUUCUGGAGGGUCUUGAUCAUAAUAACACUGAUAUAUUGCGACAGUGCCUACGGACAUAUGCCUUGAUUGACAAAAUUAAAGAUGCAGAAUCCUUAUUCAGAAAGCAUGUUGUUCGACCAUUUAUGGAAGAGAUAAUCACAGAGGAUUUCUUGCGAUCAAGUAGCCUGAAAGGGAUGUACACUAAAGUUCUGGAGUUUAUUCCAAAACACUGCCAAAUCUUAAAGGAUAUUACCUCUUCUAGUUCUCCAAGUGGUGAUGUCAUUCGUGGAUAUGAUUUUGUUGUCAAUGCAGUUUGGCCUGAAAUUAUUUCCAACAUAGAAGCAAGAAUUCCAUCAAUAUUUGCUCCAGGAAAUCCUGAUAUUUUCCAUGAAAAAUUUACAAUCAGUAUGGAUUUUUUGUCCAAAUUUGAACACCAAUGUGGUUCCCAGGCCAGUGUGAAACGUCUGCGAGAACAUUCCAGUUAUCAGUUAUACAUGUCCAAAUGGAAUCUUCCUGUUUAUUUCCAGAUCAGGUUCCAGGAAAUUGCAGGACUGUUCGAAAAUUCCCUUGUUAUUGGCUUCAACAAAACAACUGAAAAUGAGUUUUAUCUGACUGCCAGCCAUCAAAUGUGGGAAUCUAUUUACAAAUGCUGGCAAUCAAAUGUUUACUUACCUACUCUUGUGCAUCGCUUCCUUAGACUCACCCUGCAGCUCUUGUCUCGUUACAGUGUUUGGAUUGAUGAAACUUAUCAAAAAGAGGUUGAAAAGCCAAGUGUUUCCAGUGGCAGCCGAAGCGAUAGAGCUUCAACCCCAGCAAACAACAUGGUCACUUCUAAAGUAAAUGGUUUAGACACGAGCAAUCAACAACCAACAAUCCCAGAACCAGAGCCAAUCACUUUGGGACAAAUACUCUUUUUAAUAGCAGAUGCAGAAAAAAGCUCUGAAAAGAUUUUUCCAGUUUUUGUUGAACACAUUGAACCCAAACUGAAAUCACUUGACUUUGACAAUAUAGAUUCAAUAAAAGGUGCUUUCAGUGAUUCUCAGGAGUCUGUGUUGUUCAAUGUGCCCAAAUUUCAGAGCUAUGUUGUUCAGGAAGUGACCAAUCAUUGCAGUCUACAUUUAAAACAAGUUGCUGAUAUACCACGACAUUAUCGCCGAACAAACAGAGAGGUACCCAGCAAACCGUCCUCAUACAGCACUGGCCUCUUCAAGCCUCUCACAAUGUUUUUCGAUGAACACAAAAUUGUUUUAAGGGAAGCAAAAAGAGAGGAAAUUGCACGAGCAGUUUUACAAAACCUUGCUGAACAGUAUUAUACAGCAACAUCAGAUGUACUUACAUCUGUCAAGAAAAUGGAAGAUAGUCUCAAGAGACUGAAAAAGGCCCGGGGCACAGGUGUCAGCACUGGCACGUUGGGGAUGAGUGAUGAUGACAAAAUUCGUCAACAGCUCAUCAUAGAUAUUGAAUAUUAUGGUCAACAGGUUGAAACGUUUGGUUUUAGCAGCAGCUCACUUCAGGGAUUUUCUCAGCUUCUUGAAUUAUGCAAAGAAGCCAAGGGUUCGAUGAGUCAAACAGCAACCAAUCCAUCAUCUUGA